ACAUAACAUGACACCAUGCUAAAUGCGCAAUACUCAUGCAUCACUCCCGGUACUGCCAUCCUGAUCCACUCACAUACAAGUGGUCUCCAUACUGGACUAUUUAAAAGAGAGGACCACUCCUUGACCUCAGGCACAGAGUUGCAUUCAGAACGUGAACGAAGAAGGAAGACUCAUUUCUACAAGAUGAAGACCUUCUGUCUGCUGCUGGCCCUGUGCCUGAUGCUCUCCCUUGUCGCGAGGAGCGCUGAUGCUGUCUCGGACUUCGACCCUGCUGACGAUGAAAAAGAGGAAAACCAUGAAAAACGAGGCUGGAGCAAGUUCACCAGUUGGGCUCGUCGGGGAAUCAGACGUUUGGGGAGCAAAAUUAAAAAAUUAGGCUAAAGAAGGGGAGACACCUCAAGAAAUGAGGAGACAACUCUUACGGAUGAUAAAGACCCUCUCAUUUCAAAGUUUUUUUUUAAUGUGUUGCAAGGAUAACGAACUUUAACCAUCAAAGAUCGAAGACACAUCUAAUCUUUUAUCAAAGUACUCUUCAUAAAAGAAAUUUGAAGAAAAACUCCACAGUUCCAGAAACUACACAUCGACAAAAUCAG